AUGCAAGUCAACCUAUACAUAUGGAACCAAUGUUGGUGCGUUUGUGUAGAUUUCGCCUCCAUACUCUGUAAGGAGUUUUCUCAUCUCUUCGUUCCACAUUGGUUUGAUAUCACACAUCUUCUUGAAGUAGUCUGUGCCGUGAAUGGCGUUUGCGAAGAAAGUUUGAGCAGAUCCAACUUGCUCAUCGAGAAAUUUUCUACUGGAACAAUGCUUUCAGAGCAUAGUAGAUGUUUCCAAUAUGCUGUUGAGAGAUUUCUAUUUCUUCACAAUUUGGCGCUAUUUAAGGUUAAAAUAAUAAAUCAUCAGAAAUUUGAUAAAUUUGAAGGAUUUCUCCAAAUGAACGACGUUAUGUGGGAAGAAUACAUCCCACCUCCAAAGAAGACAAUGAUUAGAGAAAUCCUAUGGAAUAUGAUGGCUUUAAUCUUAGGAACUGCAGCAACAAUAUUUUUGGCAAUAAACGGAUUUGAUAAGAUCAAAUACAAAGCUUCACUCGAAAUAAUUUCGAUAAAAGAUACAACUGCACUACCUUUUAACAAUACAGCGCUUAAUACCGAAUAUCCUGGUAAUGAGCCUUUCGGAAAUACCACUCAGAUUACUUACUCUGGCUCAAAUCCUUACAUUACAACAAGAAAAUAUAGAGAUAUCAAUAAUACAGAUCCUUUCAAACACCGAAAUCCCUCAAUUCAAAGCAUCAACAUACCUUCAAAUUACGAAUGGCCAUCACAAGGCAAAAAAUAUUAG